CGGCUCCCUGCAUGCCCUGUCCCCGGAGCGCAGGCCUGGGGCGGGCCAGCGUCAGGCGCGGGGACCCCGCAGCAGGUGCUUGGCCUUCAGCAGCGGGAGCUUCUGCCUCCGGUUGCGGGAAAGCCGGGAAAUGCCCCUGCCCUUGGCACCGGGGGGCCAGGCCCACCGAGGGGAGGCGCCUUGCCUGGUGCGGGCACCCGACAGCCCGAGGUGGACACUGAGUGUCCCGGCGGUGACUCGGCCGUGGGUGGGCCGCGGGGCUCUGUCAGCGGCCGCUGGUGAGGGGGGCGGGGCAGGCGGCCGAGCUUCGGGCACUGGCAGGCGGGCAGGCGCUGAGGGGGCCCCUCGCCAGUGACCCUGGUCACCGGGGUGCGGGGCCAGGUCUUUGCGAGGAAGGCAGGGGUGCCCGCCAGCCUGGUUCUCAGCACCGGGCGCUUGUUCCAGGCCAAUAGCACAUCUGGGGCCAGGCCCCCCGGUCAGGCCCCGUGAGGUUGCGGGUAGAGUAAGGGCUGGGCGGCCUGGCCGCUCGCCCUUCAGAGCCAUGGCCCAGUCCACCAGGCGCCCCCACGUGCUAUGGUUGUCCUCGGGCUCUGCGCUGAGCUCGAGGGGCACAUUGGCCCCGGGUGCCGCGGUGGCCAUGUGAGCUCCCGGAGCUAGGGAGGGAGCGUCCAGGCUGGGUGCCCAGCGCCGUCGGGCCUCCCAGGACGUUUCCUGCCGGCCUGCUGGGGGGCGCAGGGGAGCCUGUCCCGGCUGCCGGCUGCACACCUCCGGGGUCGGGUCCCCUCCUCCUGCCCCCCUGGGGCCGGGCGGGCUGCACAGCCCCGUUCUCGCCAGGCAGCUGGUCCCUGCGCCAUGCCCAGCACGCCCCCCCCCCCCCGCAGGUGGGAGCCACCCCAGGCCGCUGGGCAGAGCUCCCGGGACCCGUCCUAACCCUCGUCCUCUCCAUGGUCCCAACAGGGCAGAUUGACCCUCUCGGGAGCUCUGGGUGCUGACGUCCUCGGCGCGCCGCUCGCUGGCCGCUGACGCGCUGAGCCCCAACAUGAGCGUCCAGGGUCAGGGGCUCCCCUUGGACCUCGGAGCCAGUUUCACCGAAGAUGCCCCCCGGCCCCCCGUGCCCGGCGAGGAGGGCGAGCUGGCGCCCGCCGACCCCAGGCCCGCCGGCCACGGCUUCUGCCCCGGGAAGGCCGAGGCGCCGGCCGCCACCCCCAGGCGCUCGGACCUGGACCUGGGCUACGAGCCGGAGGGCAGCGCCUCCCCCACGCCGCCGCACCUGCGCUGGGCGGAGUCGCUGCACUCGCUGCUGGACGACCAGGACGGCAUCCGGCUGUUCCGGGCCUUCCUGCGGCAGGAGCGCUGCGCCGACCUGCUGGACUUCUGGUUCGCCUGCAGCGGCUUCCGGAAGCUGGAGCCCUGCGGCUCCAACGAGGAGAAGCGGCUGAAGCUGGCCAAGGCCAUCUACCGCAAGUACAUCCUGGACAGCAGCGGCAUCGUGUCCCGGCAGACCAAGCCGGCCACCAAGAGCUUCAUCCGCGACUGCGUGGCCCGGCAGCAGCUGGACCCCGCCAUGUUCGAGCAGGCGCAGAUGGAGGUGCAGUCCCGCAUGGAGGAGGACACCUACCCGUCCUUCCUCAAGUCCGACGUCUACCUGGAGUACACGCACACGGGCGCCGAGAGCCCCCAGCCCCGCGGCGACCCGGCGCCCGGGCACGCUCCUGUCCCGCUGGGCGGGCCGGCACCAGCGGCUGGGUCUUGUCGCAGCGGGAAGGCGGGUGUCCCCUCCAAGAGGAGCGGCAGGAAGGGCGAGUCGGGGCGCGGCACCAGCACCGAGGCUCCAGGCCCCUUGGAGGACGUGGAGCGGAACCAGAAGAUCCUGCAGUGGAUCAUCGAGGGGGAGAAGGAGAUCAGCAGGCACCGGAAGGCCAGCCACGGGUACGGGGUCACGGGGCGGCCACGGACGGGGCCGGCCACGGGUACGGGGGGCCCUGGUGGGUACGGCCAUGGGCUGGGGCCCGGCCGAGCUGCGCCCACUGGCCACCAGGGCUGUCUCGGGCCCUCGCCCGUGUGUGGGGCAGCGCCGGCCAGUGUUUGCCACACUGUUCUGGGGUGUGGGCGUUGGGCAGGACUGACCGGGGCUGGGAGACCCCGCCGGGGCGCGGCCCCGGGCCGAGCAGGGCCGCUGGACGCGGCACUUCUGAGCGCUGCCUGCUGCUCGCUGGAGACCUGGGCCUGUGGGGGCCGCGCCCCACGGUCACCCCGCCCUGCCCACAGGACGAAAUCCCAGCGGAAGACAGCCAGCGGCAGCGCCCAGCCGAGUGACAGCAUCGUGGUGGCCUACUACUUCUGCGGGGAGCCCAUCCCCUACCGGACCCUGGUGCGGGGUCGUGCGGUCACCCUGGGCCAGUUCAAGGAGCUGCUGACCAAGAAAGGCAACUACAGAUACUACUUCAAGAGAGCGAGCGACGAGUUCGACUGCGGCGUGGUGUUCGAGGAGGUCCGCGAGGACGGGGCCGUCCUGCCUGUCUUCGAGGAGAAGGUCGUCGGCAAGGUGGACAAGCUGGACUGACCCCGUCCCAGCCCCGCCGCAGUCCGGGGCCUGCUGCCCGUGGCCACGCCAGGCUGUCCGUCCGUCGUGCCGGGCGGGGACUCGGGGUCCACAGCCUCUGCCCUGCCCGUGAGGAGGGCACCCCGCCCACUCCUGCAGAGCAAUAUUCUGGGCCCAGGCCGCCUUGGGGACCCUCCCGGCCCCUGCUGCUAACCAGGGCCUGCGUGGAGCCCGGCGCCCGCCUGGGGCCUGUCCUGUACAUGUCACCGAGUGCCUUCGACACCUGUCUCUUGCCUGCCACUGUGGGGCCCGCCCCGCCCCGCCCCGGCCCGCCAGCGGGCGUGUAAAUAUGUACAUUUCUCAGGCCAGGGCCAGCGGGCCGCUCGCCCUUUUUUUCAUGCGCUGACUUGUACAAUUAUCUUUUCAAAGGUACUUGGAUAAUAAUGGAAUAAAUCUUUUUGAACCUUC